AUGGCGUCCCAAGUAGAGAAAGAUGAAGAGACAAAGAGGCGUGUAUCGGCGUCCAUGAACAUGGAUGCUUUCACCCUACCCCCAGUGCCUCCAAGGAACCUGAUUGUUCCUCCAUCUCCCAUUAGCCCUCCCCAAUCUCACAAAGAAGCCAUCGUUCUACCAAAGGAUGACGAUCUUCCUCAUGACAGCGACAAAAAGCUUUCGCCUAUUCCACCCGACAAACUUGUGGUUCCUCCUUCUCCGUCGGGAAACAGAGAUGCCUCGCUAAAUAAUGUGGCCUUUCCAAAGGCCAGACCAAAGACUACUAGUACUCCACCAAGAUCACCUCUGGUCAACUACCCACAACAAAGCAUAGUUCCUGCCAAGGCAGAAGCCACGCAAAGACCAUCCUUACCCCUGUUGCCUUUGACCAUGAACUCAUUGGAACAUCGCAGAUUGGGGGAGCAAAAGCGCAUGUCCCUACCGGGGUAUCCUUCUCCACACCGACCAUCGUUGCCGCCAUCGUCUCCUCACCGGCCGCAGCAACAGCAACAACCAUUACAGAAUCCAAACACUCCAGCAGGGGAAGGCCAGAAACAGCGUCUCUCCUUAUCAGAAGCUCUCGCUGCCAGAGACGGACCGAGCAUCGCCACUCCUUCGUCUUCUCCAACUUCCAUGCAUCAUCACAAGCUACUAGGAGAGAAAAAGACCCAACGAGUCUCUCUCCCACCCUCUGCAAAACUGGGGCAGGCCUCUCCCACAAGUAUGAUUGCGCAGCAGCAGCCACCCAGCACUCCCUCUCGCAAGUCUGCGUUCCGACUCCUCCAUCCACUCCUGGGGUCCUCUCCGACAAGUUUGAUUGCCCCGCAUCCACCCAGUACUCCCUCUCGCAAGUCUCCCAUUCCUACUCCUCCAGCAACCCCAGGAGGUGGCCAGCGCCACAGGCUGGGAGACAAAAAGGCCCAACGAGUCUCACUCCCACCCUCUGCAAAAUUGGGACAGUCCUCUCCCACAAGCAUGAUCCAGCAGCAGCCACCCAGUACUCCCUCUCGCAAAUCUGUCGUUUCUACUCCUCCAGCAACCCCAGGAAGUGGUCAUCGCCACAAGCUGGGAGACAAAAAGAAUCAGAGAGUCUCCUUGCCUCCCUCUGUAAACUUGGCACAGACAUCCCCAUCCUUCAAGCCACCACAGCCAAACCAUCGACUGGGAGACAAGAAGCACCGAGCCUCGUUGCCUGCCUCGUUGCUCACAUCGUCAGAUGUCCCCGUGUCACAUCAUCGGAAACUUGGAGAAAGGAAGAGUCAUCGGCAAUCGCUGCCAAACUCCAGCGUUGCGGCCGAUGCAUUUAUGUCUUCCUCCAGUAGAUCUCUUCGCAGCAACGCAAGUGCCCACGAUGAUUUGCCGCGCAAAGGACUCCGCAAUAAUAGUCUGCAGCAGCAGUACCGGUCCCUUCCAGACAUUUCUGGCCCUGGAGCGUUCUUUGUCCCGGCAGCACUCGUGGGAGCCGACGACACUACGAGUGAUAUGCAGCAGCAGAGUUCUACAUUUAUCAACACAGAUUGCAACGACGAGAUGGUCGACAUGGAACAAGGAACGAGCAACAAUGACCUGUCAGAGAAGACCGACACUGGGAAUGAGGAGAUCGAGGAAGAAGAAUAUCGGUUGAGCGCUGCCUUUUCCGUCCCGCCGCCUCCUCCUUCUCCCAGAAGUAGCCCUCCUCGACGAGCUCCAGCUGCUGAGACAACCGACCAAGAUGAAGGCCCCCCCAAGCGUCGACCCUGUGGAGGAUUCAGAGCUCCUUGGUGGUGCAAUGUGGUUGUACCACUGAUUCUCGCAAGUGGUAUCGCAGCUGUGGUGAUUGUCAUUAUCAAGAGCACGGGAGUAAUGACAAACGGUGGUGAUGCCCCAGCACGCCCUUCUUCGGGACAAGUGAUCCGCAUAUUCCAACCAGGGACAGCCCCAAACUAUACCGUAGAAGCUUGGAAAGACCCCAGUUCACCUCAGUCGAAGGCCAGAGAAUGGUUGCGAGCCGACCCCAACAUUGGUUCUUACAGCCAGGACCGAAGGCUCCAACGAUUUGCUCUGGCUAGUCUUUACUAUGCAACCAACGGAAACCGAUGGCGGAAUGCAACCAAUUGGUUGAACCACUCCGUCCACGAAUGCCUUUGGUUCUCGGCCCGUCCAAGCAACAAUGCUGAUGUAGGUACAACGAGCGCAUUUCAGCUGGCCACCAACAGUAGCAGCGUCCAAAUCAAGGCUGCCAAGGCAAUCACCUGCAAUGACAAGCUUGAAUACGAACACCUGCUCUUGGCUUCGGAUUCCUUGCGGGGUACCCUUCCGCCUGAGCUCUCCCUCCUAUCCUCCCUUGUUCACAUUGACUUGGAAAGAAACAAGGUCUUCGGACCAGUGCCGACCGAGAUUGGUGCAUUGGCAAAGCUUACGGAUCUUUCACUGUCUGACAAUGAGCUGGAUGCCUCCAUCCCCAGUGAAUUUGGGCUGCUCUCUAACUUGGAACGUCUCUACCUGCGUCAAAACCAGUUUGUCGGAACUCUACCCGAGCAGUUGGCCGAGUUGACUCUUCUGAAUGAUUUGCACCUUUCGUCUCUCAUGUUCUUGGGCUUUGCCAUGAACUCACUGAACACUACGUUUCCCACGGAGUUGGCAAGACUAACCAAUCUUCAGACUCUGCUUGCAACGUCGAGCGGAAUCCGGGGAAGCAUCCCUACGCAGGUCGGAGAAAUGACAAGCUUGGUGGCAUUGGCCGUUGCCGCCAACAGGCUUACCAAUAAACUGCCAACCGAGAUUGGAAACCUCUCAAAUCUAAAGUGGAUCUAUUUGUAUUCCAACCAACUCUCUGGGCCGCUUCCGAGUGAGCUCGGGAACCUUGGGCAUCUCUCCCACUUGCAUACAUACGUGAAUCCCAUCUCUUCCACUAUUCCUUCAGAGAUUGGUCAACUGAGUGGAUUGACAGAGCUCUUGGUAUUUGAGUCAUUGUUGUCUGGAGAAAUCCCUUCCGAGAUUGGUAACCUGCAAAAGUUGGAGUGGCUCAACAUCGGGGACACCUCGAUCACAGGAACGUUUCCAAACACAACGUGCGCUCUAGAAUCGUCUCGACAAUUGAAAGUCACGGCAGACUGCAACAGGGAGGACCUCAUUUGCUGCGGAUGA